UCACCAUCUAUAGAACAAUAGCUGUACAGCCCUCGGUCUCCGCCAUCAUGGCGCCCACUCCCCCUGUACCGGGGACAGAGCCCGGGCCCGCCGCCGUGCCUCUAGUGUCCGCAGCGCUCUAGGUACCAAACAAAGGAUGAAGGGGUUUUUAUGUUGUGACCCCGACAAGAUGGCGACGCGAAGAGCGGCAUAGGUUCUCAAAUCUGCUCGGCGGAAGUUGGCUCUUUGUCGCUCAAGAUGGCGGCUGGCAUGUACCUGGAGCAUUAUUUAGACAGCAUAGAAAAUUUGCCAUUUGAGCUCCAGAGGAACUUCCAGCUGAUGAGGGAUCUGGAUCAGAGAACAGAAGAUCUGAAAUGUCACAUAGAUCGUCUGUCCUGUCAGUAUAUGAGCAGCGCCCGGACCAUGAGCUCCGAGGAGAAGCUUCAGCUCCUCAGACAAGUGCAGGAGGCCUACAGUAAAUGCAAGGAGUAUGGAGACGAUAAAGUGCAGCUGGCCAUGCAGACGUACGAAAUGGUAGACAAACACAUCCGCAGGCUGGACACGGACCUCGCUCGCUUUGAAGCUGAUUUGAAAGAGAAGCACAUAGAAUCCAGCGACUAUGACAGCUGCUCAAGCAAAGGCAAAAAGAAGGGUAGAGGUCAGAAGGAGAAGAAAGCCCCUAAGGUCAGAUCAAAGGUGAAGAAUUCCGAUGACGAGACAACAAAGAGCGGACAGAAGAAGAUCAAAUUGGUUCAGACGGCAGAAUAUGGCACUCCUGCUAGUAAUUUUGGGAAAGUGCACCCUUCUGAUGUUCUGGAUAUGCCUGUGGACCCCAAUGAACCCACAUACUGCCUGUGCCACCAGGUGUCCUAUGGAGAGAUGAUCGGCUGUGACAAUCCAGAUUGCUCGAUCGAAUGGUUCCACUUCGCCUGUGUUGGCCUUGCUACAAAACCUCGUGGAAAAUGGUACUGCCCACGCUGCUCUCAGGAGAGAAAGAAGAAAUAAAGUGCCCUGCGGAGGUCCCCUGUGGGGAGAGGGCAGCGAGUAUAAGGGAGUCGGUGCUACCUGAUGCAAUUUUUGUAUCCUAGGAGGACAGUUACACUUGUCAAUGACAGUAUUAGACGUUCCCUCCGGGUGCUGUUGUAUUGUUUUGGAGGGAAACUUCUCAUCGUGACAGAAUUAGUCAUAUGACAAGCCGAUUCACCAGAGCACCCGUAAGCUCUGCCUUGGCCUUGUCAUUUUGCACCUGUCCCUCCUCCCAUCUAUGGCUCCCAGAUAUCUACUUCACCCCUUAAAGGGGUUAUCCAGGAAUUGAAAAACAGAGCUGAUUUCUUAAAAAAAAAAAAAAAAUAUACAGCACAACUUCUGUUCUCUGGCCAUGUCUGGUAUUGCAACUCAGUUCCAUUGAAAUUAAUAGUCAAGUUGUAGUACCACACGCAACCUGAAGACAGGGGUUGUGCUGUUUUUACAGGAAAUUCACUUUGGUUUUUCUAUUCCCAAAUAAUCCCUUCAACUUCAUUACCUACACCAGUG